UUUCUUUUAUAAGUGUUCUGUUGCUUCCCCUGUAUCUCAAACUUGCACUGCUAGUAUUUCAACUUAUUCAGUCAUUUUUCACUGUUCAGAAGAUCAUGGAGCAUAACAGAGGUCCUUUAUUUGGAUGGCCAUGGGAGAGGCUUAACAACUACAAGUACUUUCUGUAUGCACCAUUACUGUUCAAGGCAGCAGUUGAAAUAUGGGAAAACAGGGGAGAAGAAGGCUACUGGUUUGUGCACAUUCUUGUUAUAUCCUUAUUAAGGUGUUCUCUGUUCCAAGUUUGGCAUUCUUAUUCUCGAGCUGAUUUCCUUUCGAGAAGACAUCAAAUCCACUCGAACUCUGUGGAUUUCGAUCAGAUUGACAGAGAAUUUCACUGGGACAAUUAUAUGAUAUUACAAGCAUGGGUGGCAACAAUGGGGCACAAAUGGGUUCCUGGGCUGGUGGGCAUGCUUCCGAUGUGGAAUUCCAGAGGGAUUUUAACAGUUUUGUUGUUGCAUAUGGGUCCAACAGAACUACUUUACUACUUUUCUCAUAGAGCUUUUCACAAGGGCUAUUUAUUUCAAAAUUAUCAUUAUUUUCACCAUGAAUCCACCAGACCUGAACCCUCUACAAGUGGGACGAGCAGUUUCCUGGAGCAUCUGGUAAUGGUGGCAUUGAUGAGUAUUCCAAUUGGUGCAGCAGCUGCCAUGGGAGAGGCAUGCAUUGGCAUGUUUUAUGUUUAUUUUCUAGGAUUUGAUUUCCUCAAAUUUAUGCAACAUUCAAAUGUGGAGGUGGUUCCACUGUGGCUUUUUAAUAUGUUUCCAUUCCUUAAAUAUCUUAUCGCCACACCCUCGUACCAUUCUAUCCAUCACAGCAAAUUAAAUUGCAACUAUUGCUUGUUUAUGCCUUUAUAUGACUAUCUAGGAGGAACAGUCAACAGCAAGGAGACCUCUCUUCUCCAUUCAAAGCUGAGAACCCAAGGGCAGGAAAGGAAAGUUCCAAAUGUUGUAUUCUUAAGUCAUGGGGCGGACUACAUGCAGGUUCUUCAUAUUCCUUAUGUGGGGAGAACAUUUGCUGCAAGGCCAUGCACUUAUGCAGCAUGGUAUCUCUGGAUCCUCUUGCCAAUAGUCUGGAUUUGUUUCACAAUUACAUCGCUUGUGGCAUCUGCACACACAAUUAGCAAGUAUCAGAUAAAUGAAUCAUUUUAUGUAGAGAUAUGGGCUAUACCAAAACUCGGUUAUCAGUUUUUCCUGCCAUUUGGACAGAAGCAAAUUAACAAGCUUAUAGAGGAUGCAAUCCUGGAGGCAGAUAGAUUAGGAGUGAAAGUUAUAGCUCUUGGGGCUCUGACUAAGAAUGAGGUCCUGAAUGGAGGAGGUGAAUUGUUUGUGAGGAGGAAUCCCAAUCUGUCAAUUAGAAUUGCGCAUGGUAAUACAUUAACAGCAUCUGUGCUUUUACAUGAACUUCCAGAAAAUGUUGAUCAAGUGUUUCUGUCUGGAUCAACAUCCAAGAUUGGCAAGGCCAUUGCUCUUUACCUCUGCAGGAAGAGAGUCAGAGUUCUGAUGCUGACUGCUUCUGUGGAACGCUUUGAAGCAAUUAAAAACGAAGCCCCUGCUGAAUAUCGAGAUUAUCUGGUUCAUUCCCUCACAUAUGAAGCAGGCAGUCAAUGCAAGACAUGGAUCAUAGGAAAAUGGGCAAGUCAUAGAGAUCAAAAAUGGGCACCUACGGGAACUCAAUUUUAUCAAUUUACAUUGCCAACUAUUAUUGAAUUCAGGAGUGAUUGCACAUAUAGAGAUUCGGUAUCACUUAUCCUACCAGAGACAGCUAAAGGAGUCAAUAAUUGUGAGUACACAAUGCAUAGAAGAGUUCUAUAUGCUUGUCAUGUAGGAGGAGUUGUUCAUGCACUUGAAGGUUAUGAGAAUAAUGAAGUUGGCACAAUUAAUAUUGACCAUAUUGAUCUUGUAUGGAAUGCAAGUAUCAAACAUGGAUUUACUCUUGGUCCACAACCUCCAGCUAAAUGAUUUUCUUGUAUGCAUAUAUGCCUUUAUUUUCUUUCUUAAAUAAUUAUUUUGUUGCAACUCAUUGAAUAAGAUAUUCAAGUGAUUUACCACAUUAUUUUUUAUUAUUAUUAUCAAUUAUGUUAUCAAGGUAUAACUUUUCAUUAUGCCAAGAGGCGUAUUACACUCAUAGAUGGAUGCAAAAACCUCUGUCAAUAAAAAUAAAUCUCAUUUAAUUUGACAUGCA